AUAUGUAAACAGGAAAGGAUUGUCUUUGAAUUUCGAUGGUCCAAUAUAAAUCGUAAUUUUAAGAAAAGAUAUCACUCAAUUAAUACUCAAAUAGUCUGUGAUUGGCGUUUAAAGAUUAUGAAUAUAAAUGCCCGUUACCCUGGUAGUACUCACGAUGCUUACAUUUGGAAUAAUUCCAAUGUAAAGAAUGCAAUCCACCUGUAUAGACGAUACCCGAAUAAUAAUUUUUAUUUAGUAGGUGAUUCGGGAUAUUCCUUAAGACCAUGGAUGAUGACUCCUAUAAUAGAUGCACCAGAAAAUAGUCCAGAAGCAGCAUCCCAGAUAGCCAAAUUUGCUAAAAACAGAUCUUGUAAAAUCUUGUUGCAAACCUUGUUAGCAGAAAGAAUAAAAAUUGGCAACAAGAUUUGAUAUAUCAAAUAAUGUUGACAAUUCGCUAACAAAUAUGUAACGAAAUUUGAUGUCAUAAUUUGGCAGCAAAUUGGUAGCAAAAUGCGGGCAAAUAUAUUCAUACAAAUUGGCAACAAAUUGGCGACAAACUUUGCGUAGUGCUGUUUGACGACAAAUUGGCACCAAAUUGGUAGUUAGCUUUGCAUAGCAUUAUUUGACGACAAAUUAGCAUCAAAUUGGUAGCAAACUUUGCGUAGCGUUAUUUGAUGACAAAUUUACAGCAAAAAUUUGUCACUUUCAUACAUGGCUCCGACACGAGAUGGACUUACUUCUCGUAAGAAGAAAACGUUCAUGAGUCUGUAUAAGAAUUGAUUUAUGCAAAUCGAAUAAGCAAAUCUGGAGAUUCCCAAGCUCUUUUGGGAUGUGAUUCAGAGAUUCUAAAUCUCUGAAAAUUUUUGACUAUUUUAUAACUUUCUCAUGUGCAUUUAGAAAUGUGAAGCUAAUCAAAUCAAUAAUAUUUUAGCAACAAAAAUAAAACUGUAUUGAUUAAUUUUUACACCAGUAUAUAUC